CGUCCGGUGUCAUCGCGGACGCGCCUCACAGCGUACGCGCAUUGUCAAGAGCGCGCUCGUUUUGCGAAAAAAAAAAAUACGCGGUUGUGAACGUAUUGUUAUUUAUUUUGGGUACGUUGAAUAUGUUAUAAAAUACAAAUAAUAAAGUGAAAUACUCGCAUUACAUCAUGAUAAGAGCCGCAGAGACAUGCGCGUGUCCAAUUCGCGAAAUUGGGCCCUCGAUGACAGGCUCAUGUUCGAGUCAAUUCGUCCUAUUCAUGAGCAUCUUGGAGUCCUUCGUCAACGGCAGAUGCGACGUCGCUGACCCCUGCAACCGUGUGACGGAUAGAGGCAUACCAGAUGACAGCUACGACUUUGUGGUUGUUGGAGGUGGUACCGCUGGAUCUGUUGUCGCUGCGAGGCUCUCGGAAAAUCCACAAUGGAAGGUGUUGCUGAUAGAAGCUGGGGGAGAUGAGCCGAUACCAUCGUCAGUGCCUGCUUGGGUGACUGCGUACUGGGGUCGAAAGGACACUGACUGGGAUUACUCCACGGUGCCUCAAGAGAAAGCCUGCCUCGAUAGUGGCGGUGUGUGUUCCUGGCCUAGAGGAAGAAUGCUUGGUGGUUGUUCAGUUAUCAACGGUAUGAUGUACAUGCGCGGUAACCCCACCGACUACGACGGCUGGGCGGUCAACGGUGCGACUGGCUGGUCUUGGUUUGAAGUGUUACCAUACUUCUUGAAGAGUGAAGACAACAGAGAGAUUGGCAACGGCGUAUCUGGACAGUAUCAUAAUAUUGGUGGACCUUUGCCAGUGCAGCGGUUCAACUACGCACCAAGAUUCGCCCAUGAUGUGGUAUCUGCCGCCAUCGAAAUGGGUUACCCACCUACCAGUGAUCUCAACGGAGAGACGGGAACUGGCUUUACUAUCGCGCAGACGUUUAACGACAAUGGUUCGAGAUACAGCACGGCGCGAGCGUAUCUUCGUCCAGCAUCCAAACGAGAAAACUUACACAUUUUACUGAACGCCGAAGGUUCAAGAGUUAUAGUUGACCCGGCCACCAAGAAGGUCACUGGCGUGGAAUAUAUCAAAAAUGGCCAGAAGAACGUAGUGGGAGUCAAUAAAGAAGUGGUUUUAUCUGGGGGAACAAUAAAUUCUCCACAAAUUCUCCUGCUCUCUGGUAUUGGGCCACGGGAAACUCUAGAGCAAUUCAACAUUCCUGUAAUCAUGGAUUUGCCAGGAGUAGGGCAGAACCUUCAUAAUCAUGUGGGGGUGACGUUAGAGUUCACGCUUACAAAAGAACCUGAUGUGCCUGAACUGUCUUGGGAAAGUGCUAUGGAGUAUAUGCUGAAAAGGCAGGGUCCUUUGUCUGGCACUGGGUUGUCACAGCUGACAGGUAAAGUGAACUCACGCUUGGCUGCCGCGGGUGGAAGGAAUCCAGAUGUGCAGUUCUUCUUUGGCGGGUACUCCGCCUCUUGUGGGGAUGGUUCAGUCGGAGAUGCUGAGACUCUUGCCGACGAGAGCAACAAAAGAACUGUUAGUGUAUCCGCCAUAGCUCUGCAGCCUCGGAGCCGCGGCUACCUCACGCUGCAGUCCGCCGACCCGCAGCAGCCGCCGAAGCUGCAGCCGAACUACUUCCUCGACGAGCAUGAGCUGGCCGUCGUUGUAGAUGCCGCGAGAAUUGCUUACCGUCUCGCCAAUACCACGAUUUUACGCGAGAAAUAUGGCAUGCAACCAACAGAAGGCUAUGGUUCUGAAUGCCCCGGCGGCGGACCCAACCCCACUGACGAGUUCUUCAAGUGUUUGACCAAAUUGCAUACCGCUCCGGAGAACCAUCAGGCUGGCACUUGCAAGAUGGGAGCUGCGGACGAUCCCAUGGCUGUAGUUGAUCCGCAACUCAAAGUUUACGGCAUUGAUGGACUUCGUGUGGCAGAUGCAUCAAUAAUGCCCACUGUGGUAUCUGGCAACACCGCAGGGCCGGUUGUGAUGAUCGGCGAACGUGCCGCGGAGUUCGUUAUCACCAAGUAUCAAGAGCAGCUAAGGAACUUGUAUGGAGAAAACGCAUCAUCAUUAUCCAGUGAUAGCGAUUAUUCUGCGUCCAACGAUAGGUGGAACAACAACGAUUCAGGCAACGACAAGUGGGACGGGCGUUGGAAACCCUGGGACAAGCAUUGGGACGACUCACAAUGGGCGAAGCCAUAUGACCACCCCAGUCAACACGUCGAUUGGCACAGAAAAAACAACGUCAACCAAAAACCACACCAUUCCAGAUAAAAUAGCCCGAAUUAAAUCAUUGUUAGUUAA